CACAAAUGGAAGCAGGAUAAGAUGAAUGGGGAAGAAAGGAAGGAAAGAAAUGGGAAUGAAGGCCAAAUAGUAGGCUUAUAAAAAACUAUUGGAAAGAGGUGGUACGAGCAAAGAAAGGAGAUGUUAGAAGUUCUCAAUGGGCUGGGCUGCUACAUAUUUAAUGGCCCUGAAUCAUUCAUGCCUUCACUUAUCGACCAGCUUGACAGUAACUGCACACGCACACACACACACACACUCUCCCUCGUGUGCCGUUGGGUGCGCAGCAGUCAUGAGUGCCGGUGGCUCCACCAUCCUGGAGACGGAACUUGUGAAGAGGCAGCGGAUCCUCCAGGAGACGCGCUCCAGGGCCCGCUCCUACCUGCUUUCCCGCUCCCUGCCUCCCCUUCCACCGGCCAGCGCUCCACGCAGCAGGGACACCACGGUCCACCUACCCACUCUGGCCUCCUCCCGCAAGCCCUCGCUCAGAGGCCAGGACGGUGCCCCCACGGUGCAGCUCAGCAUCAGUGAGCCCUCCCUCUUCGCCUCACAGCCCAGGGCCACGCUGCCCGACAGGUUUCCACAGAGACGCCGCCCCCCUCCCCGUAAACGAACACCCCAGUUGCCGCUCUGCAGGUUAUGCGAUCUGGACGGCAGCAAGUCACUUGACAGCUGCAGCAGGCCCACCUACACCGCCUUCUCCUGUCCAAUCCGGCCCGUCUCCAAGCUGUCGCCGAGCCCCUCCUCCUCCUCCGCCUCCUCCCGUAGCCAACUGGCUCUCUCGGCUCAGCUGGGUGUGCGGCGGCUGGUGUUCACCUCGCCACUUCCCUCGGGGGCCCACCAGGGGGCGUUGUCCGUGAGGGGCACGCCUUGCUUGCCCCCUCCCACCCCUCAGGCUACGGCACAGGGCCGGGCUCAGCUCCACGUCUUCCUGCCCUCAGAGGCGCUGUCCUCGGAGGAGCUGGACAGGGAGUCGGUGGACGAGGGCUUCAUGGACGAGCUGGACAGCAAGGUCACUUCUCUCAAGCUCCAGCAGGGGGCCACGAAAAAGCAGCAACAAACUGAACCAUAGACAUUAUGCUGGCAAAGGCACCAACUUCACAUCAACAUUGGGGGAGGGGAACCUGCACAGGCAGAAAGCAGACAUCAACAUUUUCAUGAUUAUUUGGGGUGUUUUUGUAGCCAGGCCGUGCCCUCCUAGUGACGUAACACCUUCAGCGUUGCUACUAGUCAGGUCAAGAGCAAUGCAAGUACUUUCUGAGCUCCCGAAAAAUGGGGAACU